AUGGACGAUCUGUGGCCGUCAAGCGGCUUCUGUAUGUUCGACAUCCCACCCAUCUUCGUCGUGAAUGAUGGAGGGCAAACUUCCAAUAUUGUGACUGAAUAUUGCCCACGGGGAGAUUUGAGAAAAUUUAUUAACGACAAGGAUCAACGCUAUUCCAUUUCUCUUGUGAUCGAUUGGGCAUGCCAAAUAUUUGACACUUUGGUCUAUCUUGAAAAAGAAAGGAUUUAUCAUCGAGAUAUCAAACCAGCUAAUAUGCUACUUGGAGAGAACUGCGAAAUCAAACUAUGCGACUUCGGUCUGUCAAAAUCGGAGAUUACGGAAAAUUCUUGUUACACUGUUAGUGGCACGAUGCGAUAUAUGCCUCCGGAAACAUUCGACACGAUUGACGGGGAACAAAUAUAUACAUAUGCUAGUGAUCUCUAUUCUGCCGGUAUUGUUCUCUGGGAAUGUAUCGAAAGACGAGCCGUGUUUGGCAACAUCAACAAAACGGCGAUCCUUUUCGCCCGAAUUUGUCUGGUCAAAGAUCCUAGAUGUGUCCGCCGUGUGCCAGAAGAUAGGCCAGCUGCGGCAAAAGCAUUAGAAGAAGCAAGUGGCUUGAAAAAUGAGCCAUUUUAUGCAGAAUUCUGUACAAGAUUGUAUUGGUUGGAACUAGACUCCAAAAAUACGUUACUCCGGCCUGUAGAUGGCAGAUGGCAGAUGGAACCAACACUUGAGCAACUCGAAGUAUCUGCUGAACUUGUGCCAGCUGAGUUCCCAUCGGAAUAUGGGUUUGAACUUCGCAUUAGCCAGAUGAUGAAUAUCCUUCAUUCUCCAAUAUUCCGCGGAGUAUUGUCGAAAACCCACUGCUGGUUUUCACUUGACAAUGACAAUGAAUAUCCAUCCGAGAUGGCAGUUUAUGAAUGGGCCGGUGUAUGGAAAAAACUAGUGUUGUGGGGUAAUCGGUUGAGAGUGGAUGGGAUCAACUGUUCAUCAUUUGUCAUUCGAAAUAUACAGAAACUUUUGAAUGAAGGAACAUCAGAGGCUAAGGGAUUGCAUCUCCACGAUGGCCCCUGGCAUUUCCCAUUUAUCGGUGAUAGACAGAUGGAUUUUGAGGAGAAAUAUAAUGUUCGAAUUGUGCUGAUUACACCGGAAGAUGGGAGUUAUAGACGAUAUCUCUCUAUCUUCCAUUGCAACAAGCCCGACACAUUUCUCAGCUUGCUUUAUCAAUCGAAUCGAUGCUUCAACAUUUCCAUGCGUUCUCCCUACAAUAUCGAUAAAUACGAGCAAAUGCAGUUGGGCAUCAUCGCAAAAGACGAGGCAAUGAAAGUGACAUCGGAGAAGAUCAAUGAAUGGACAUAUAAACGGACAAUGGAACCGGAAACAGGAUGGAAGAAUUGGGAGACGAGGAUCUGGACGGCAAACUAUCGACCGACAUUUGAUGAUAUCAAUUGUUUCGACUAUUUGAAGGGUCCUCUACCAGAUAUGUCAUAUUGUCGAGAAUUCGAUGAAAUGUGC